UCCUGGAUGUGGAGAUGGGCAUCUGCCGGUGUGAGCGAUAUGUGUCCGCAGAGGAGAUUUGCAAUACUUCUUGCCUCUUCAGGCUGCCUCAGCUGUCUGCCGAGCUCAUGCAAAACGGCGACCUGCAGCUCAGCGUUAGAGAAAGAAACAGCAGGGUCUGGGCAAGGAAGAUAGAAAAUGUUUUGGGUCCUGAUAUCCACGCACAGACAUCUGGAAGAGUACACUUAGUACAGUUUACCUCUGAAGGACUCUUUGGUUGGAUUCCCCUCCAAAAAGAUCUUGUCAAUCUUUUCCUUUCAGAACCAAUUAAUAUUGAUAUAAAUAAAAGCUCUAGAAAGAGGAGAAACACUGAAGAUGAUGAGAAUAAAGCUGAUGCCCUUCCUCGGAUCCCGAACCCUAUCGCCUGCCUUUCCUUGGGUGACAUGCUCGUUUUUCAUCUUACCAUCAACCACACUGCUCGCCCUCUAAGCCACUUCCCAGUGUACCAGAAGGACCACCUGUUCAACAGUAACCCAAGCUGGGACUUUGGAGCCUUCAGACAUCUGCAGAUCCUCAUGAAGCAAACACAAUUCAACUCUUCUAUGUUUGCCCAUGUCUUUUCAGAAGCAGGAAAGUAUGUGUUUGUGGACAGUGUCGUCCCCGAGUGGAGCAUUGUUGUGGUGGUCAGUGGGGAGGGGACAGAAUGUGACACCAGGGCUGCUGCGUUUCAACCCAUGACUCCAGGACACUUGGUCAAAUACGGGAUUGUAAAAAAUCACCGCCUCAACCUUCUGCCUGACUGGGGACUCAUUGUUGGGAUCCUGAGUCUGCUGUUGGUCCUAGUUGUAGUCCUGACCACAACUGUGCUGGUUCUUCGGCCCAGCAAAGCGAAACUCGUUCCCCACUGGAAGAUAAGACCAAAGUGGCGCAGCCUUGGAGAGCCUUUUUGCCCAGCUGAGUGUGUUUGCAGUAGAGAAAGCAUAACUGUCCAGAGUCAAGGCGGCGUUCUUGCCAGUCGAGGUGAAGGUGAGGGAGCAGAAGCUGAGGAAUCUGCAGUCAUAAAGGGAGGAAGUGUGUCAGGUUGCCUGGAUCUGGAGGAGUUUAAUGUGAAGACUCUUUAUGACAAACUAGAGGACCAGAACCUCCACAUCGCCGCCCAGCUGGCCAGACAUCGCAAAGACAUGCAGGAAUUUUAUAGAAAUAUAUGCCAGCAGGCUGAAUCACUGAAGGAUGUGUUUGAAAAUAUGGAUAGUAAAAACCUGAGUCUCCUUAAAAAGAUUCUAGUCCAUAAUGUGAGGAAGGAUGUGUUAUCACACACACAUAUCGGAGAGGGAGACAACCAAGACAUUUCCACCAGCCAAGCUGAGGCCUCUGUGUCUUUACUGGGAGCUGUUCUUAGAUCAGUCGAAGGUCUUUUAUGCAAGCUGACAGCAGAAGCUUGGCAGAACCAGGAUCUGCGUGGUCUUCCAUAUUGUCAUGGUUCAAGAGAGUCUGAGGCUCAGGUUGUAUAUAUGCAACCUGGUAACACCAAUAUGUGUUUUACACAGAGCUCAUCAAUGUCUAUGAAUAAAGGAGAAGCUAUUUAUCAUGAGACAGGCUGCGCACAGACAGCUGCUCCUUGUUUCAGUGAAGACAAUCUAUCCAAAUUGGUCACCGUGUCUCCUUUGUUCAAAACUCUGCAGGAGAUUCAGCAGUCUUUACAACAGCUUACCGCAGAUGAGUCACAUAAGCAUUCCCAUGAAGAAACGGGGCCUUCGUUCCAAGAGAACCACAAAGGACGUCUAAUUCCAACUGCACUGGACAGCCUGUCUCCACAGUAUUCGGCAGUUUACCUUUUUGGUUGUCAUGUGGUGCAGUGGCUUGCAGAUUCCUCCAUGUUCCCCUCUGUGCUUCUUUUACUGGCAAAGUCGAUUCCGUUUUGCUCAUCUUCCUCUAAUGAGAAUCCCCUGGCUCAUUUCACUGGGGACUUCUAUUUUGAUUCAACCAAUCAAAUCCUUUAUCUGUCGGAGGCAAAGCUUCAGCAUGUGGGACACUUUAUUGCUGUCAUUCUGCUGUCCAUGGCCCACAUAGCAGUAGGAUCCAAACCCCAGAGGUUUCUGCAAGCUCUGCAUGAAGCCAUUUCAGCUGUAAGCCUUCAGCUGUUCAACCUUUCUUUUAAAUGGAGCCCAGCAGAGCCUAAUUUUGAUGCAUUAGGUGGGCGGCACGGGGCAUUAGUGGAGCAAUUUCUCAAUAUCAGAGUUCCCUCUGAAGCACGCUUCACUGAGCCCCUAUUAGCUAGAAGACUUGAGAAAUAUAAGUAUUUUAAGCUGGAAGAUCUUAUCUGCAACCUCAAACAAAGAUCAACUCCAAAUACAGGUUUACCACCAAAUGGGACACCAGUGCAGAUGUCAUGUGUAGAGGAAGAAAUUGACCGCAUGAGUGAAUCUUUCCUGCAGCUAAGCAUGCAGAUGCAGAGGAGAUCUCAAAUAAGCUCAAAGGAGAGCGAGAACGGUGCUUCAGAAAAGGCGAGGGAAACAUCGGCAAGCACGCCAAGCCUGAGUCGUAACGGAACAAUCCUGUUGGAGCUGAAGAGAUGUUAUGUGUCACAGCGACUCAACGAGCUGCAAACCACAUUAAACCAAAUGAGACGUUGUCAGCUGCGUGAUGACGAGCCGAGAGACGGAACAAAAGGCAGCGAGGAAAGUGACGAUGGCUCCGAUCAGCACAGAGAAAAGGAGCAUGAUCCUGCCACGGAUUGCCGCGGUCCUCCAGACCACCUGCGGAGCGCCGCUCUUUCGGCUGGUCAGAAACUCAGCCCACGCAGCCCAGAGAGCAGCGGUCUAUUAAAUGAUAAAGCGGAGAGUUAUAUUUCCGACCAGCUCUGUUCAGACCAAGAAUCCUGACAUUUUAAUGGAUCAAACUUUCCAGCGCACCAAAGAUCAACUCCAUUAAAAAAAAUCCCCCAGGAAAUUUAAAGCCUAAUAGACAAACCUAAAGGAAAAUA